UCUCUCUUUCAUUUUUGGGACUUUCUCUCUCCUCUGUCUUUCUCUUUCUCUCUCCUCUCUCUUAUCUCUAAUUCUUAAUCUCUCUCUCUCUUUUUCUCAGGUUUCUCUCUCCUCUCUCUUUCUUUCUCUUUCUCUUUCUCUUUCUCUCUCCAGAAGGGCAAAACCCUAAAGAGCCGUUUACACCCCCUAAUUGUCAUGGAUGAUGAUGCUUUGAACAUGCGCAAUUGGGGUUACUAUGAACCGUCCUUUAAAGGGCAUCUCGGUCUGCAGCUCAUGUCAAGCAUGGGAGACCGAGACACCAAGGCUUUUCUACCCGGUCGCGAUCCAAAUUUUAUGGUUACAGCCAAUGGUGCCUUUCAUCCUCGGGAUUGUGUGGUUUCGGAGACAUCGAUUCCUAUGAAUUAUGUGAGGGACAGUUGGAUAAACCAGAGGGAUAAGUUUCUGAACAUGUUACCUCCGAAUCCUAAUUAUGGGAUUCUUCCGGAGACUUCAGGGGCUCACUCCUUGCAAAUGUUACAGCCCCCGCCACCACCUCCACCACCGGCGGUGGCACCAACUACAUCAAGAGAUGACAGAGUGGUGGCUAGGGUUGAAGAGCCAGUUGUCAAAAAUGAAGGUCCUCAAAUAAAGAAAAGGCAGGGCGGGUGUGCCCCCAAGACCCCGAAAGCUAAGAAGGCUAGGAAGCCCAAGGAGAAUAAUGGUGCUACAGUUCAACGUGUGAAACCAGCUAAGAAGAGUAUGGAUGUUGUAAUCAAUGGGAUUGAUAUGGACAUAUCGGGUAUUCCAAUUCCAGUUUGCUCAUGUACUGGAGCUCCCCAGCAAUGUUAUCGCUGGGGCUGUGGCGGUUGGCAAUCCGCUUGUUGUACUACGAAUGUAUCAAUGUAUCCUUUGCCAAUGAGCACCAAAAGGCGUGGUGCAAGGAUAGCUGGACGGAAGAUGAGUCAGGGUGCGUUUAAGAAGGUAUUGGAGAAACUUGCGGCAGAAGGUUAUAAUUUUGCUAACCCAAUUGAUUUGAGGACUCACUGGGCUAGACAUGGUACCAACAAGUUCGUGACUAUCAGAUAGAUGUACGUCGUUGGUAUCGGUAACAGGACUCCCAUGGCAUUUGGUCUGUGUCACCUGUAUAUAUAUCUGUGGCCUUUUGCGGAGACUUGUUGGGUACUUUGUAGUCCAUGAAUUUUCCUUCAUGAUACAUGUUUUUGAAAUUCAGACAUCUGAGAUCUUUUUAGAAUUGUUGUCUAGUUUUCUUUAUGCUUUGUUAUAAGGGCAAACUGUAAUUUCUAGUCACCAGGAAUUAGGAUGUGGAUGAGUUUUCAUUUACUGGAUUCUGGAUAACGUCUUUUACCCUUUUAUUUAAUCUUGUCAAAUCAGUAAUCUUCUUUUUCCAUCUUUUGAUGUACUGACAUGCAAUGAUACUUUGUUUACUUCUUCUUUAGCAAUAGCAACUGACAGAUUUAAGUA